AUGGCCGAAAGAACCGUUUCAUUUCUAGAUUCAGAAGAAGAUUAUCAUAAAGAAUACAGAACUGAACAUUAUAGAAGAAACCAUAAUUAUAGAAGUGACGAAGAAAGUGAUGAUAAUUAUGGAAGAAGUGACGAAGAAAGUGAUGAAGAAAGUGAUAAUAGUACGGGGCCAUCUUAUCGCAGAGAACUGACUAAAACUAAGUUAGAAUUACUCCAGCCUUUAUAUAAAAAUAAGACGAAAGAAAUAGACAUCGAUGAUCCGAUUUGUAGAAAAAUCUUACUUAUUCAGGAUAUUCUUAAUGAGUUCCCUGAGCUGGAAACUAAUUUAUUAAACUCCAUUACAGGUGGAAAACAGAAACCUAGAAGAGGUUUAUCAAGAAAAUUCUUUCGUCUUUUGUUUGGUUUGUUGUUUCUCGCACUGAUGUAUUUGUGUAUUUUUAUCCUAGGAUUAAUAGUUUCAUCUUAUCUUUUAUCGCCAAUUCCUAUAACAGGUUCGGUAAUGACUAAUUAUAUGGAUCCAACUAUGGAAAAUGAUUUACAAAAAAUUGUCCUAGUACCUCCAACUGAGAGUAACAAUAUAUUAAAAAUCAGAGGCAGUUUCAAAGUUUCUUAUAACUUGUACAAUAAUACAUUUUUUUCCGGAGCUCUUUCUAUCUUUGCUCAUGUUUCCUAUCUACCUCAAUCUGGAACAGCAUCUAACUAUGAGAAAUGCUUUGGCGAUUCUGUAUAUAAAUAUAUAUACAAAUACACGUAUAAAAAUGUGAAGAAUGGGAGUCUAGAGUUCUUUAACAAAUCAGAAUAUAACACUAAUAACAUGUCACUUAGAGACGACGAUGUUCUGAAAAAGAAAAGAUUUGGUAGUCUAAUAACAUUAGAAAAGGUAGAAAAUGAAAAAAGUAUGAAUAUAAAGAGUGUAAAUGUUGUCGAAACAACGGUUUAUAAUGCCUUUUUUGAGCAUCCUCUGGCCUCUAAUAAAAUUGAAAUUAUACCGAAAAUUUCAAGAGGAUUUAAUAAAAUUGUGAUUUUAGUGACUUUGGAAACUGAGAUGGAUCCUGAAAAGGAGGAAUACAUGACUAACAGAAUGAUGCGGGAUUGCAAGGAUAGUGGUUUCUUAACUCUGAAACUGGACUCUAGUUUACAAAGUUUUGAUACCAUGUUAUUUAGCGGAAAUAUGUUACCUACGAGUUUUUUGCCGUUUUCCGUACCAUGUAUUAUUACUUCAAAUAAGGAGAUUCUGGACAAUGUGGCUUCUAUUGCCAAGAAUCAAAGGGUUCUGUACAACAGACAACAAUUUAUUCUAAAGAAACUAAACACCUCUCUUAAUAUUUAG